ACUCACCACGCCCCCUCAUCCAGGAACACCCUGCCAGUGGGUGUGUGUACUCACACAGUGCCGAGGCGCACCAGCGAGCAGCCCACACACUUGUCACGGAUCCCCGGGAUUAGCUGGCUCCUCUCCCCGGCCCCCGGAGCUCCCUCACCGGCUUCCCCCUCACCCUCCUUCGGCAGGAUCCUUUGCGGAAGCCUGGACAACAAUGUGAAUUUGGAACCGUGGUGGUGGAAAUGAAGGAAGCGGGCCACCAACUCCACGCUCUGCUCAACUGAUUCUGCCGCCUUUGCCGAGUGGAACCCGAAUGAGUGAUGGAAGUCCCGGAUGACAUGAACCUCUCCUUCCUGCUGGAGCACGAGCGAGACACCAUCCUGAAGGUGCUGCAGAAAGACGAGAAGCUGAGGAAGCGAGAGGAGAAGAGAAUACGGAAGCUGAAGAACGAGCUGCUGGAGAUCAAGCGCAAAAGUUCUCGUAGCGCGCCGCGAGAGUCCGGGGAGCGUCAGUGCGGCCGCUGCCUCAAGACGCUGGGCCUGAUCUUCGACCGCGGCGAGCUCUGCGACGAGUGCGGGCUGCGGGUGUGCAGCGAGUGCCGCGUGUCCGCCACCAAGCGGCGCGAAUGGAGGUGCAACGUGUGUGCUAAGAUCUCAGAGCUGAAGGUGGUGACAGGAGAAUGGUUCCUGGAGGAGCGAUCCAAGCGCUUCGAGCACAAACUGUUGAGCAGUGACGUGGUUAAGCAAACAAUCCUGAGCAGCCCGACUGCUACAGUGGAUAAAAAGUCUGCUGACAACUUGUCUCUCCGUCCUGAGUCGGGGAGGUCCGAUACACCAAAGUCCAGCAGGAGCUCCAAACAUCUUGUAGAUGGACUGAGAAAAAGAGGGAGGAUGAAGAUGGACAAAGUUGGCAGCAGGCCUCUGAGGUCGGAGAACGGCUUCGACGGCCUCAACGCCAAGUCCGCCUCAGACGGUGACGCUCACAGCGUGCGAAGCGUUCACUCCGCUCCAAGUCAACACACAAAUAGCGGAAGCAUGGCGGCUUUCAACUCUUACGGGACACCGACCGCACUAAACAACAACCGGCGUUCCCAAACUCCCGACAGAUCUUCCACUUGCAGUAGCAACCGGCGGGUCAGGCCUGAUGGAGCUGAGAGUGUUUACAGCUUCCACUCAAGCAGCAGCGCACCUGAGACGAAAACUGCAGGGAAUGAUGGGAAGAGCUCCGGUGCUCCCACCAUUUCUGUAUCUAGAGCUUCAGUGUCAUCAGAUCACAGUCGUUCAGAAAUGGACCUGUCAGCCGCAGGUUCUGAAGCCAGCGACGAUGCCUUCAGUUUCAGAAGCCGCUCUGUCCUCGGCCUCAAUGACACAGAGUUCUGUGACCAGGAUGCGGAGGAAGACAUCGACGCCCUGAUGUCGGCUCACAGCCAGACGGCCGGCCACCGCCUCAACAACGCUGCGUCGAUGCCUUCCACUCCUGCCUCAGAGAGGAGGUGGGGCUUCCUCAAUGUCCCCGACUCGGACGCUGAGACAAGCAGCAUCAGCAGCAUGAUGAGCAUGUACAGCGAGACAGGUGACUAUGGCAACGCCCGGGUGAGCGGCGAGAUCCUGUUGAACAUCAGCUACAGCUACAAGACGGGCGCUCUAAACGUGAUGGUCAAAGAGUGCCACAACCUCGCUACGGGGGACGAGAGGAGGCAACGCACUGACGCCUACGUGAAGACAUACCUGCUCCCAGACAUGUCACGACAGAGCAAGAGGAAGACGAGCGUCAAGGCCAACAGCAUCAAUCCUGUCUUUAAUGAGAACCUGAGGUAUGUGAUCAGCCACUCACAGCUGGAAACGCGCACUUUGCAAGUGUCCGUGUGGCAUCACGACCGAUUCGGCCACAACAGCUUCCUUGGAGAAGUGGAGCUGACCUUUGACUCCUGGGAGUUCGAUUCCCAAAUAGACGAGUGGUUCGCUCUGCAGCCCAAGCUGGAGAGCAGCAUGGACGCCAGCAUGCAGUACAAAGGGGAGCUGACUGUGGUGUUGAAGUACAUUCCUGCUGAGAAGAACCUCAUGCUGCCUCUGGACCAAGUACAAGUGAAGAAAGGCUUCCUGAAAGGCAAGAAGAAGAGCAGCUUCACACCACCACAAGGGGGCAUGGUUGAGCUGCUCGUCAAAGGGGCCAAGAAUCUAACUGCCGUCAAGUCUGGAGGCACUUCGGAUCCUUUUGUCAAAGGAUACCUUCUUCCCGACAACAACAAGUCCACCAAGCACAAGACGGCGGUGGAGCGGCGCACGGUCAACCCUGAGUGGAAGCACACCUUCACCUACUGUGGUCUGCAGCCAGGAGAUCUCAACAACGUUUGUCUGGAGCUCACAGUGUGGGACAAGGAGGCCUUGGCUAGUAAUGUCUUCUUGGGAGGAGUCAGGCUGGGAGCUGGGACAGGCACAAGUUACGGUAACGAGGUUGACUGGAUGGACUCAUACGGAGAGGAGCAGCGUCUGUGGCAGCGCAUGAUCGAAAACCCUGAAGUCCCUCAGGAGUGUACGCUGAUGCUGAGGUCCACCAUGAGGAAGACCUCCUCAUGAUCCGGAAGAUCGUCUUCUCACUUUUCCAGAAAACAACCAGUCAUGCCUUUUAAACCUCUGAUUACUGCCAACAACCCCCUUCCAAUAAGCACAUUAUGUUGACUCAUUUUAGCAUGUAGCGAACUACAGCCAACACACUUUUUUAUCCUAUAAAACAAGACGUAAGACAAAGCACUGAUAAAUGGCGGCAGAGACUCCUUUCGUCCCCACGUGAGCUCUUUUUGCUGUGAAGCACAUUCUUGCGAGUACAAUGAGUGUUUAUUUUAUCUUAGCAUUAGCUUGCUAGCGAGCUAACAGCAGUCCUCAUUGUUAAAGGGGAACAUUAUCACAAUUUCAGAAUUGUUAAAACCAUUAAAAAUCAGUUCCCAGUGGCUUAUUAUAUUUUUCGAAGUUUUUUUCAAAAUUUUACCCAUCACGCAAUAUCCCUAAAAAAGCUUCAAAGUGCCUAAUUUUAACCAUUGUUAUAAACACCCGUCCAUUUUCCUGUGACGUCACAUAGUGAUGCCAACACAAACAAACAUGGCGAAAAGAACAGCAAGCUAUAGCGACAUUAGCUCGGAUUCAGACUCGGAUUUCAGCGGCUUAAGCGAUUCAACAGAUUACGCAUGUAUUGAAACGGAUGGUUGUAGUGUGGAGGCAGGUAGCGAAAACGAAAUUGAAGAAGAAACUGAAGCUAUUGAGCCAUAUCGGUUUGAACCGUAUGCAAGCGAAACCGACGAAAACGACACGACAGCCAGCGACACGGGAGAAAGCGAGGACGAAUUCGGCGAUCGCCUUCUAACCAACGAUUGGUAUGUGUUUGUUUGGCAUUAAAGGAAACUAACAACUAUGAACUAGGGUUACAGCAUAUGAAAUACAUUUGGCAACAACAUGCACUUUGAGAGUGCAGACAGCCCAAUUUUCAUCAAUUAAUAUAUUCUGUAGACAUACCCUCAUGUCAGCAGGCCAGGGAAGCUAGGGUCCAUAUUCUUCUCUUGAUCAUCUUUGGGACAGUGUGAGCCAAGACAUCCAGGGGGUUUAGCUCGCUCGUCUGCGGGAACAAACUGCCGCCAUUGCUUGCCGUGCUACCGAGGUCCUUUGUCCCUGAAUUGCUCACACACUCCGGCAGAUUCAAUGGGGGUCUGGCGGCAGAUUUCUUUGACUUUAUCGUUGGAAAUGCAUCUGCUUUGAGUGUCGCAGGAUAUCCACACAUUCUUGCCAUCUCUGUCGUAGCAUAGCUUUCGUCGGUAAAGUGUGCGGAACAAACGUCCAAUUUCUUGCCACUUUUGCAUCUUUGGGCCACUGGUGCAACUUGAAUCCGUCCCUGUUCGUGUUGUUAAACCCUCCGACAACACACCGACGAGGCAUGAUGUCUCCAAGGUACGGCAAACAGUCGAAAAAACGGAAAAUAACAGAGCUGAUUUGACUCUGUGUUUGAGAAAAUGGCGGAUUGCU